UACGGCCCCAGUACAGAAGCAGAAUAACUACAUAUAAGUGAAAAUGUCCGUAUGGUGUGCAACGGUUGUUCUCAUCCUGUGGCUUGAUCCUACAUUGUGCCUGGGAAUAUCAAACUACGAUGUUAGACUUGAAUCACUCGAGAAAAUAAAGGUUGAUGAAGAAGCCUUGUUUGAAUUCAAUCUCAAAUUAAUUGGGCGAGACCGACUGCUAAAUGGAUCUUUAAUCAACCACGUUGAUAUGGAUGAGCAAUAUGACGUAUGGAUAGAUAUUGCGACAUUUAAGAACGGAGAAUGGAUGCCAAUGAAUUUGAAAAUACGCACCAAGCCAUGCGAUUUUAUGAAGAACAUUUUUGGAAAAUAUUAUCAGCCCUUGUUUUUGGAUUCAAACUUACCCACUGGCGAUGACCUGUGCCCGUUCCACAAGGGUGAAUACUAAGCUAAAAAUAUUGCCAUGUCCACCGAUAAUUGGCCAUCUUUCACAAUAAAAGGACUCAACAGAGCCUGUUUUUCCUUCCUGAAAAAUGGCAAGCCAGUUGGUGGGUUCGUUGUGGUAAUUAAUUUAUUUGAUCGAAACACUUGAGUGAUCGAAACUAAUAAAAUUAAUAGUUUGAAUUAACAUUUCUGAAAUAAACGAUUACUGC